AUGGCUCCUCCUUCCAAGAUCGCCAUUGCGACAGGCUCAGUUCUGCGCCUAGUCAAGGAAGAAGCUAGCUACCACAAGGAGAUAGCGCAGCAGGAAGAGCGCAUUACGAAGCUCGAGGCCAGCGCUGGAGACGAGAACAAGGAGUAUACAUUGCGUCAGGAGAAGCAAGCACUCGCCGAGACGAGGAACGUGCUGCCAAGCAUGAAGACCAAGAUUAGCGCUGCGCUGGAAAAGUUGGAGGAGGCGUUGGAAGCAAACAGAGACGGCGGCGCAGAAGCGUCGGCAGAAGACAUCAGCAAGGCAGAGGAGGCAGUUGCCAAGGGCAAAGAAGCUCUUGGUCAGGCCUCGUAG